CAGUGCCUUGCGAGGCGUCGUAGUGAGAGGGUGUGUGUUUUUUGCCACUCCCAUACCCCCCAUCCCCCAGACCCCUUACCGAUAGUACUAGAUUAAUAGUAAUAGUAGUACAAUGAGAAGACUAUUUGUACUAUCCGUGCUUCUUGGGACUAUCCAUGCUGGAGGAUGUGAGGUCCCUGCCACCCCUCCCCCCUGCCUCGCCCCCCCAGCGUCCCAAGGGGGUAGUCAUGACCCUAGGGGGGAAGAGGAAAGCAAGAUGGCGGCGUCUCUAGCAACGCUUUUAGAAACUAGAGGAUUUAGUGUCAUGCUAGUGACCUGUGCUGGUGGUGGUGGUGGUGGUGAUGGUGGUGGUGGUGGUGAUGGUGGUGGUGGUGGUGGUGUUGUUGAGGUCAUCCAGCUGCCUAUUGAAGAUGGUGACCCCUUCUAUGACCCCGUGUCACGAAAGGUCAUGUAUUUAACUCCUAGCAGUACAGAUGGCAACAGCUAUGACAUAAUCAGCCCAAGGGACCUCUCAGCCAAUCACCGCGCGGCAGGGAGUGACGUCACACCCGAGCCGGCGCUUCCAGCCAAUCAGCGGACGGGGCUGAACUAUGACGCAAUCCUCAGCUGGUCUCGGAGCGCCAGAUGUAAACAAAUCCUUUUAAAUUCCACGUGGUUGCAGGAAAUUUCACGAGUUAAAAUAUUCGCGACCAUUCUAGACUAUCAUGAUCUCUGCACACUGACUAUCGGGCGGCAGCUGGGUGUGCCUGUCGUGGGCGUGGUGACCUCAAGGACGUGGGCGUGGUGGGCGUGGCACUGGCUGGGUGUGACGCCUAGUCUAGCCACGGAAGCUGUACCGCCAAAUUUAAUGUCCGCUAACUUUGGCUUCUUGGAGAGGCUAUGGAAUAUUUGGCAUUUUUGGAGAUAUAUAAGUAACAUUGAAAAACUAUGGGUGGACCCUCUGAUGGCAACACUACCCCCAGAACAGCAACAACCAAUGGGAGAGCAGUACGAUACUGUGAAUCACGUCAUGGUAGCCUGGGAUUGGCUGACAGAUCCUGGGAUGCCUCGUAGUGAAUUUAUUUCUUCUUUAUUUGGCUUGCAAUUUGAUAGAGAGAGACAAAAUAAGGACCUACCUCUGUCUCCGCAACGGGCUCGCAAUGGAGUUGUCUUAUGUAACCUCAGAUUAAGGGAAUUAUGGGUAGGAAUGGCGGCUCAGCGUGCCAUCCUACGCGCCCUUGCUACUACGCCCUUCUAUGUAAUGUGGCGCGGCUUGGCGGAGGCGCAGGAGGUGGAGGAGGGCGAGGGGAUAAAGGAAAAUAAGGGGAAGGCGUCCGCCAUCUUAGACUACCAGGAGGAGCUGGACAUAGAUGGCAUUCUGGCUCACCCGCGGCAUAAACUGAUGAUAUCUAUGUGUGGGGAGACUGAAGGUGCCGCCGCCAUCUUGUUCGGCUCACCUGUUCUCUGUGUUCCUGUUACACCAGACCAGUUUGUGAUGGCGGGGAAAUUAAUGGAUCUAGGCCUCGCAUUGGUUAUUCCCGCCCGUGACGUUUCGACCAAUCAGAUUCGAGACGCUAUCCUGCAACUAACAACCAAUAGGAAAUUCCGUACAAGAGGUAGAGAAUUAGCAGAGGCCUAUUUGUCAAAGCCUCUAUCUCCUGCCGAUCUCACGGGCUAUUACCUGGACACCAUAAUUAAUAGGCCUAUGAGGAGAAGAAGGGGGCGUGGCCAAGCUGAGCGGCUCUCCCUAUUGGCUAGGAGUAAUGGUGACGUCAUGGCGGCCAUCUUGAUUUUGGUGACGUCAUCUCUCUGCGUUGCAUUGUGGGUAGGCUUUGUUAUUGUGAGGAAAUGCUGGAGAGAGAGAGAGAGGAGGAGGAGGAGGGAGAAGGCGGAGUAGGAGGAAGAGGAGGAGGAAGAAAAGGAAGAGGAAGAGAGAUAGGAGAGAGAGGAGGAGGAG